AUGCGGACUAUUCCAGGCGAGCUUAGACAGGAUCGAAGUCCUCGGAAAGCUUUUCAUUCUAAAGCGAGAAGCGUCACUACAGGAGGAAAUCGACGAAAAUCCCAGACUCAGAACUUGAGCUCGAUCAAAGUCUCGCUACAGCUAGUGGAUUUCAUUCUCUUCCCUUAUCUUUAUAGCUACAUUAUUGCAUCCGGAAUUGACCAGACCUUCUUACACCUCAAGCCCGGAUCAGCAGGAGGCAGGAUUGAACGCAUCAUAGCCUUGGCCCAAACAAACCAAAUAAUCAUUGAUGCCGCUUGGUACAACCUCAACUACGCCCGAAAAACACAAUCAAUAAACAUGACUGAGGAAAUUCAUAAAUCAUUGACCCUUUGA